CUCUCUCUCUCUCAGAUUUCGGAGGAAACCGUGGACUAAAUCUCUUCCAAAUCUCAAUGGCAAACACUUUGAGAUUGUACUUGACUUGUAUACGCAACACCCUCGAUGCUGCAAUGUGCCUCCAGAAUUUUCCUUGUCAAGAAGUGGAAAGGCAUAACAAGCCGGAAGUCGAGUUAAAGACCAGCCCAGAGCUUCUGCUAAAUCCUGUUUUGAUAUGUCGAAAUGAGGCUGAAAAAUGUUUAAUAGAGACAUAUAUUAAUUCCCUUCGUAUAAGCCUCAAGGUAAAACAGGCAGAUGAACUCGAAAACAUAUUAACUAAAAAGUUUCUUAGAUUUUUGUCAAUGAGGGCAGAAGCAUUUCAGGUAUUGAGAAGAAAGCCCGUACAGGGUUAUGACAUUAGCUUUCUUAUAACAAAUUAUCACUGUGAAGAGAUGCAGAAGCACAAGCUCAUUGAUUUUAUUGUACAGUUUAUGGAGGAUAUUGAUAAAGAGAUUAGUGAGUUAAAGAUGUCAGUGAACACACGAGGCAGGCUGGUGGCUACAGAGUUUCUUAAACAGUUUAUCUAAUUGUGAAACUGUUGGUAAUUCUAUGCAUUUGAAACAGUUUUGUAGGGCUUAUAUAUUGGCUAAAUGAUGUAGUUCAAGCUGAUUCUAAUAUUCUUUUCAAAAAAUAUAUUAUUUUAUAGUAUUCUGUUUAUAGCUAUACUUGUAAUAAAAAGAAUCUCUGAUAUUCUUCAAGA